GCAAAUUUCUGAUUAAAAUGAGACGUCUUCCAGCUCUACACGACCUUUCUUUGCAAAGUUAUAGAAUUUACAAGAAAAGCCCUAAAUUAAUUUCUUCUUAUUUCUGUAGCUUUGAGCUGACAAUAAAAAUUUAGGGCUUUUCUAAAUUCUAUAACUUUGCAAAGAAAGGUCGUGUAGAGCUGAAAGACGUCUCAUUUUAAUCAAAAAUUUGCGGGCUACAAUUAUAUCUCAUUAAAAGGGUUUAGUUAUCUUUUAGAGUUCUUGAAAAACUGGUUUUCCAGAAAACGGGGUCUUCAAGAGUCAUGGGCCCGAACCCUUUUUGGAUUUUCGUAGUCUCACUGAGUCCUACUUAUAGCCAAAAUAUGGAGUCAAACGGCGUCCGACAGUUGGAUAGGUUCCCUCGUUAGACAACUAUGAUCAAGCAGGAAGAAAAUUCUAAGUUAUCCUAAGUGUGAUAAUAUUUGUACUUAUAUUUAAAAAAGAGCGUAAAACAAGCGAUGACUCAAGGGUUUCCAAGAUCUUGAAACCAUGAAAUUACAAGAUGUUCAAGAUCCUGACUUCUUAUAUUUUCUUACCAAGAUCUUGAAUCAAGAUCUCACUGAAAAACUCAAGAAGUCAAGGUCUUGGUUACAAGAAGUUUGGUUGUUUCUUCUGAACUGAUCCAGAUUUUCAGCGAUCAUUACUGCAGCGCGCACUACGUCUGAUGACUGUAGAAAUACAGACAAUAUAUCAGCCUCCAAGACUGAUCUGCUUUAUAUUAACCAAAUUUUUUUCUACUAAUAGACACCGCCAUUUCAAAAGAAAACAAUUUGUUUGAUAUUUUAUCAAUUAUUUUGUUCGACUAAUCAAUUCGUAAUAUAUGACAUAAGUCAUCUUAUCAAUCAUAUUUGAUUAUUCAUUGAUUUAAACAACAUCUGCUAUUUAUGUAUAUACAUAUAUAAACCUAACUUAAUUUCUCAGAUUAACAUAAUAUUCAUCUUUCUAUUCGUGAACAAAUAAUGUUUUCAAUUUUGUCUUCGUUGCAAUUGACUCUACAAGAGUUUUCGCUCAAUAUGAUCGACUAUGUUGAACAAACUUCUACUUCUUCGUCUAAAUUCCAGUUAUCAAAAAAGGUACGUAAAACAUAAGACGAAAGGAGUAGAAAAAGGAAUUGAUCGUGCAAUGGUUCUUUUAGAUUCAAGAGGACAAUGCUAGUUUUAUAAAUAAUCAAGCUACUGAGACAUCAAGGUGUCAAUCAUCAAUAAGAAAGAAUGAUUAUUGGUUGUGUGAAGCAAUUUUGAACGAAAUGUAAGUCAGCCUCAUCAUUGCAGAUAUUUGUUCAGAUCAAACUGAAUCAACCGAACAGUGUAUGAAUACCAUGGAUCAACUAGCACAUGAACUCUACUUUACAACUUCGUUUCCAUGUCUAUCCUACGUCAGACUUUUGCUAUUCUGCUUUAGAUAUGGCGACACAUCGAAAGAUAAUGUUGGUUUCUACAAUGAACAUUCAUCAAUAAUAUUAUCAGACGAUGAAUGGCUUGGAAAUAAUUUAGUUACAUCAGAAUUGACAGAAAUUAUAUGUCAAGACAGUUAUCAUCAUGAAAUAUUAGACCAUGUUGUCGAUGAAUUAUUAGCUUACAUUGAGGUAAAUAGUGACGUUGAAAGCGUUCUAAACGAAUUAAUUGAUACAAUAAAUGAAAACAGUGAAAUUGAACAUGUUUUGGAAGAAUUAUUACUUCAAAUUCUUGAAAAUGAUGAUGAACUCGAUUGCAUUCGUGGAAUAUUCAACUGUUCUUUGUCAUUUGAUGCGAAUAUGACAUUUAUAGAGGAGGAUGUAAAACUGUAUCCAUUACAUAACAGUAGUGGUUUGGAGCAUUAUAACGAAGAUGAUGAGAGACGGAUGAUAGCCGAAUUAGAUGGACGAAUCAAACAAUUGGAGUUGGAACUUGAAGAAGAAGAAGAAAAACGGAAAAAUGGUAGUUUAAUAUGUGUAACAGAAGUUUUUCAUAACAAAGAUGUUUAUGUUGUUAUUGACAUUGCGUAA